AUGUCUCCAUCUUUUCUUCAACCCCAUUGUUCCUUCCUCAUCAACAUCUUUCUCUUCCUCUCACUCUUCUUCUUGAUCCCUAUCCGUGUCCAUAGUGAUGCUAAAAGCUACAAAUCUUGUGCACCUUUUACCUGUGGAAGUUUCACCAACAUCACUUAUCCAUUUUGGAUUAACAACAAACAACCAAAUUAUUGUGGCCAUCCAAACUUCACGCUCGAUUGUCAGAAAAACAACUUGACUAUUGACAUCAACUCACAAAAGUUUCAUAUCAUUGAUAUGAAUCAAACAUCACAACUUUUGAAGAUUGCUAGGUUGGAUUUAUGGAGUUAUGAUGCUGCAAUUGUUCCUUCUUGUCCUGAUACCAAUGUAAGCUUAAAUCUGGAUUUCUUCAAGUACACUUCCAAGGAUGAGAAGUAUACUCUAUUGUCCGACUGUCACUCUCUUCCUACCGAUACAUACGGGGGGUCGCCUUUGAGUUCAGAAGUUUCUCAAAAAAUUUCUUGCCUCAUAGGUAGUGAACCUCAAGAUGCAUACUUAAUAGUAAGUACUAAAAUGGCGGAUUUCGCGGGCCUAGAGUGUAAGAACAAUAUCAAAGUUUAUGGACCAAAAAGCUCUAUCAUAGAAAAUUCUGAUACCUCGGUGAAUGUUUUAAAGGAAGGAUUUGAGGUUGCGUGGAGCGAUGUGGACAGCGAUAUAUGUAGUUAUUGCAAAAAAUUUGGUGGGAGAUGUGGUUACAAUACAACCAAAAGUGCACUUAUGUGUAUUUGUCCUAAUCAACAAUCUUAUGGUGAUUGCGGAUUUUGUCGCGACAAUUCAACAACUGAGAUUUGGCCGGAUGAGUCUGGUUGCAUAGGAUCUAAGUUGUUUAAACCUGUGGCACCAUCACCUCUAGAAGCACCACCAUAUGGAUUACAACAGCCAUAUGGAGAUACACCAUUUCAAGCAUCAGACCCAUCUUCUAAUUCAGAUUCAAAAAAGUCUGACACUUCGAGUAAGUAUUCUUCCUUCUCGCGAUAUUUUAUUAGAUUCUUCAGUUGA